CCCAGCAGUGCCAACCACCAGUUCCACCCAGCAGUGUGCCCAGCAGUGCCACCCAGCAGUGCCACCUACAUGUGCCCAGAAGUGCCACCUACCUGUGCCCAGCAGUGCCACCCACCUGUGCCCACCCAACUGUGCCCACCAGUGCCCAUCAAUGCAGUGCUGCCAGUCAGUGCCACCAGUCAGUGCCCACCUAGCAGUGCCACUAGUCAGUGCCCAGCAGUGAUGCCAGUCAGUGCCACCUAUCAGUGCUGUCUAUCAGUACCCAUCAUCAGUGCCACCUAUCCGUGCCACCUCAUUAGUGCUGCCUAUCAGUGCCGCCUAUCAGUGCCCUUCAGU